GUAGUCGAGGGCUGUCUGGCCUCGGGUGUUGCUCCUGACGACCCUAAUGAAUUAUUUUACAAUCAAGAAAAAGUUACUACGCUUGAAGGAUUAAUUAAAGGUGUAUCGCCUGAGUGGGGCUAUGACUUGACGGAUCGCGAAACCUUGGUUUUAAUUUUGCCUGCUAGUCAGCCAGUUUUAACGAUUUCCAAAGUUGCUUUCGUUUCUCUCCUUGAAUUUUGUGAAGACGAAUUGCUAGUGAAGCGUGUUAUUAUAUCGAUUGAUAAGGGAAAAUUAACCAAAGAAGUAUUAGUUGCUUAUGUUUUCUUUAUUAGGCAAUAUGAUAACACUUUAUUAUCAUGGGCGAUUUGCUAUAAGUAUAUUGGCUUUACUCCUUUACAUCCGGAACAUUGUCCUUCAAGCAUCGAUCCCGAAAAAAAUUUCUCAAUGAUUUACAAUAUUAAAUAG